AUGACAACAACAGAGACUAAGAAGAUCGGCGUCUUCCCGGCAUCCGGAAAGUUUGGUGGGUGUACCAUCAAGCAUCUGCUGCCACUCGUCCCAGCGGCGAACUUGAUUUUGAUCUCGAGAAAGCCCGAAAAACUUGCCGAGCACAGCCGUCUAGGAGCCGUGAUCCGCUACGCUGAUUACGAAGAUGACACGUCUUUCCAGCGGGCGUUCGAUGGCGUGGGCAUUCUAUUUCUGAUGUCGUAUCCGUCGUGUGAGCACGAGUAUCGAUCACGGGCACACCAAAAAGCCAUUGAUGCCGCCCGUCACAGCGGCGUCAAGCAUAUAUUCUACUCCUCGUUAGCUUUCGCGGGAAACCUCACUAAGACGACAGCGGCGUUCAUCAUGCGUGCAAAUCUCGACACAGAAGCAUACCUCGACGAACAAGGUCGCACGCACGGACCUGAUUUCACCUAUACUAUUCUCCGCCAGGGUCUCUAUCACGAGUCCUUCCCUCUUUACCUCUCGUUCUUUGACCUGCAUAAAACCAGAGACACGGAAAACACCGUAAUUAAGAUUCCACAUGAUGGCUUCGCUCCUGGUGUGGCGUGGGCAAAGCGCGAGGAGCUGGCGGAGGCUACAGCUAAAAUAAUAGGUCUAUACGCGCGCAAUCCGCUGGGGUUUCCGUUUACUAAUAGUACUGUUCUUUUCUCGGGGCCUCGGGUGCUAACUCUUAGAGACGUGAUUGAUGUCUUGGUAAAGAUUACUGGGAGAGAUGAGAAGAUCAACAUCAAAGAGGUCUCUAUUGACGAGUACGCGAGUCAACCGCACAUUGGUCCGUUGAUGACUUACCAUGGUGUCGAUCUGAGCCGGGAGUGGGCGACAGCCUGGCAGGCGAUAAGAAAUGGGGAAUGUGCAGUCGUGACGCCUGUGUUGAAGGAGAUUUUGGGAAGAGAACCGCAAGACUUUGAGACGACGAUGAGGAAUGAAUUUGGCGGUAGGAACUAG